UCGCCACUUCUCUACCACCGACUUCAUUUCUCUGCCCUCGCGCCGUACCUGCUGCGAAGCGGCACAACGCAUCCACCGCGGUGGCCGACCACGAAGCAACAACCUCCUCCUCCUCGCGCCCGGAGGGCGGCGUUGCGACCCGAAGUGCGAUCCGGCGGGGUUCGGCGGCGGCGAAAUUCCCGUCCAGAGGUUAUAAAAGAUGGUUCAAUACAAUUUCAAGAAGAUCACGGUGGUGCCUAGUGCGACUGAUUUCAUCAAUAUCAUCCUUUCUCGCACCCAGCGGCAGACGCCUACUGUUGUCCACAAGGGGUAUGCUAUAUCGCGGCUCCGUCAGUUUUACAUGCGUAAGGUGAAGUACACUCAACAGAAUUUUCACGACAAGCUCUCGACCAUCAUUGAGGAGUUCCCUCGGCUGGAUGACAUCCAUCCUUUCUAUGGUGAUCUUCUUCACGUGCUUUACAACAAGGAUCAUUACAAGCUCGCUCUGGGGGCAAUCAAUACUGCAAGGAAUCAAAUUGGAAAGGUUGCUAAAGACUAUGUGAAGCUACUGAAGUAUGGAGACUCGCUCUAUCGCUGCAAGUCUCUGAAGGUUGCUGCUCUUGGACGAAUGUGCACCCUGGUUAAGAAGCUUAGUGGCAGUUUGGCUUACUUGGAACAGAUUAGGCAACACAUGGCCAGGCUACCUUCAAUUGACCCGAAUACUCGCACGCUCUUGAUUUGUGGGUACCCUAAUGUUGGCAAGAGCUCUUUCAUGAACAAAAUUACAAGGGCUGAUGUUGAUGUGCAGCCAUAUGCUUUCACAACAAAAUCACUCUUUGUUGGUCAUACUGACUAUAAAUAUCUCAGAUAUCAAGUCAUUGACACUCCUGGGAUUCUGGACCGUCCCUUUGAAGACCGUAACAUAAUUGAGAUGUGCAGCAUAACUGCUUUGGCCCAUCUACGUUCCGCUGUCUUGUUUUUCUUGGAUAUAUCGGGGUCUUGUGGUUACAGCAUUGUGCAGCAAGCAGCUCUUUUUCAUAGCAUCAAAUCUCUGUUUAUGAACAAGCCCUUGAUGAUAGUCUGCAACAAGACUGAUCUGCAACCACUGGAGGGUCUCUCAGAAGGGGACAUGAAAUUGGUUAUGGAGAUGAAAGCUGAAGCUAUGAAAACGGUAAUAGGUCAAGGAGGUGAAGCCACAGAUGACGAGGGAGUGUUGCUGACUAUGAGUACUUUGACAGAGGACGGAGUAAUGGCUGUAAAGAAUGCAGCUUGCGGGAGGUUGUUGAAUCAGAGAGUGGAAAUAAAGAUGAAAUCAAAGAAGAUAAAUGAUUGUUUGAACAGAUUUCAUGUUGCAAUACCAAAGCCACGUGACCAAAAAGAACGACCGGCAUGCAUACCUCAGGCAGUAUUGGAGGCUAGAGCUCAGCAAGCAGCAGAAAAGGAGAAGAGGAAAACUGAAAGGGAUUUGGAGGAUGAGAAUGGUGGUGCAGGUGUAUACUCUGCUAGUUUGAAGAAGAACUACAUCUUAGCUAAUGAAGAGUGGAAAGAAGACAUAUUGCCAGAAAUUCUUGAUGGGCAUAAUGUGGCUGACUUUAUAGAUCCUGAUAUUCUAAUGAGGCUUGAAGAGCUGGAAAGAGAGGAAGGAAUGCGCCAGGUUGAGGAUGAUGAAGAUUUUGAGAUGGAUGGGAAAGACUUGACACCAGAAGAGCAAGAAGCAUUGGCUGCGAUCAGAAAGAAGAAAAGCAUGCUCAUACAGCAGCACAGGGUGAAGAAAAGCACAGCAGAGAGUAGGCCAACUGUCCCAAGAAAGUUUGACAAGAGCCGUGAAUUCACAACCAAAAGGAUGGGCAGGCAGCUAUCAUCUUUGGGACUGGACCCCAGCUUGGCAAUUGAGCGGGCCCGCAGCAGAUCAAGGGGCCGGAAAAGGGAGAGGUCACCUGAGAGGGGUGAUGCUAUGGAUGUGGAUACAGAUGAGUCCAAUAAGAAGUUGCGAACAAGGUCUAGAUCCCGGUCUAGGUCAAUGUCCAGACCACCUACUGAAUUUGUUCCUGGAGCAGGUUUCAAGGACUCCGAACAAAAGGUCAAAGCUAUAAAACUUGCAAAGAAAUCUGUCAAAAAGAGAAACAAGAAUGCUCGUCGGGGAGAGGCAGACAGGGUUAUUCCUACCCUCAAACCGAAGCACUUAUUCUCUGGCAAGCGCUCAAUUGGAAAAACCGACAGGCGAUAAAUCUCAGGGAGGUUCUCAUUUUCAUCUCCUGCAAAGUUUUGAUCAGCAUCUGUUGUCAGUUGCUUUCUUGUUCCUGCCGGUGUGAGGUUUGUGCCCUAUGAGUUGCAGAUCGACAUCUUAGACGUGGUUCCAAAGGGUCCUUAGCAGGAACGGAUGUUUAUGCCGUUGCUUCUAUUGUAGGUUAUCUUGAUUCCAAAUUUGUUUUCUAUGUUUGUCCAAGAGUUCUGAACCUUGUUAUACAUUAUUAUGUUCCCUUGCUUUGCUUUAUGAGGAAACCUGAGGAAAAUUUGAGCACUCUGCGCGUGAUCUUUUCUACAAAGUGCAAUUGGCACCAUUUUGCUUUAUCGGAAAAAUGCAGGGUCAUCUCUAACCCUUGCUGUCA